AAAAUGGCCAAUGUGAAGAAAGUGGUGGACGAAGCACGGGAGCAAAAUAACCCCGAGCUCGACCUCGUCGACCGAGGAAUCACCUCCAUCUGAAGAGAUACCGGAUUGUUCUCUCUGCCGAAUUUGACGAGGUUGACAUUGAGCCACAACAAAAUCAGAGUUGUUCCUGCUAGCAUAGCAAACUUGUACAACUUGGAAAUCCUGACGCUAUGCAACAACCAAAUUGUGGAGUUGCCCUCUUCGAUCUCUACCAUGCCAAAACUGAAGAUCCUGAACUUAGCCAUAAACCGGCUCAGCAGCCUGCCUCGAGGGUUUGGUGCCUUCCCCGUGCUCGAGGUACUCGACCUCACGUACAACAACCUGAACGAGCAGUCCCUGUCCAACAACUUUUUCAUAAUGGAUACCCUGCGAGCCUUGUACUUAGGUGACAACGAGUUUGAGAAGCUUCCUCCAGCCAUUGGACAACUCAAGAAUUUGCAAAUUCUCUCUGUGCGGGAAAACGAGCUUGUGGAGCUCCCCAAGGAACUGGGCCAGCUGACCAGGUUGAGGGAGCUGCACAUUCAAGGCAACAGGCUUACGCUGCUUCCGCCAGAACUAGGCAACCUUGACCUUGCAAGCCAUCGGUGCGUCGUCCGCAUGGAUGACAACCCCUGGGUGGCCCCCAUAGCCGAUCAACUGCAGAUUGGUGUUUCCCACGUUGUUGAAUACAUCCGCAGUGAGACCUAUAAAUAUGUUUAUGGCCGCAACACGCACAGCAGCCUGUCUCCACCCCCCAAGAAGACUGACAAGAGCAAGAAAAGAGUUGAGAGAGAGGUGAAAGAAGCCUCUUGAGAAUACAGUACGACACGAGCUCUGCUGCGACCUGGAGUUGGAAACUACAUUGAAUGACUGCCAUUUCAUUUUGGUGAGACUUAAUUACCCGUAAUGGCUGGCUUGUUUGUUUAAUUAGUAGCUAUGCUACAGCAUCUAGCACUGAAACAAGCGCCUUCGGUUCAUACCGUUAAUGCUUGCUCCACAUUCUCCGCGCAGGCUCUGUGGCUAUUAACAUUGCACAAGGCAUGAAGUACGCUCAGCCUGCGUGCAUGUUUUGAGUGAGUCGUUGAUUGUAUUCAUCUUGUGCUCCUAGUACAAUGAACCGCUAAUUUUGUCAAAGCCCGUCAGUUCUUUCAGUUCCUGCCAAACAUGUCUGGACCAUGGGGGUAGUGUGCUUCUUGACGUGGACCUGGUGACAAAUUUUCUGUUACGUGAUUGGUGAGCUAUCAUUGACACAAUGACUAUCUCUCAGCGAGGAGGCCAUUUUAGCCUUCUGCUAUGUGCAAUUGUUGUCGUCACACUAAGAAAUGUGUCAUUGCACUAGAUCAGUGGUUCUCAGCCGUCGAUGCGUCUGGGAACCCUUGUGGACUGGUCGAAGUGAUGGCGGACCCCUUGAUGUGACGAACCGGGGGGGGGGAGGCUGAUGUAGCAGGCUUAGUUUUUAAUUGAGACGUUGGGGCAGCCGAGGUGAUCUUGCUCAGAAUGUUGCUGCAGUUCCUGGAGCAGGAUGUGGAACUGGGAAUAGGUCAAAACUCGUCUCCAAAAACUUUUUUUUUUUUCGCGGGCAAUGGCAUCGUGGAACAAACUCCAUUUGAGAACCACUGCACUAGAUAAUCUGCAUGGCCGCCAUGAUGGUGGCUACAUCUUUUUUGAAAACCAGCUUAUGGCGUCUCCUAGUAUUCACUAGAUUCCUUAUAAUGUUUUGCUGCGUGUUAUUCUCAUGCUCUACUUAUCGCUUACUGAGAAGAAUUGGUUUCUGUUUGUUGCACUUGCUAGCGGAAAGUGAAGUCGGCCAACAGGGCUGAAGCGAGCAUUACUAAAUGUGCACGACAUGCUUGCCAUUGGCUUCGUCACGGAAAGUGCACGUGCUGACUUGUCAACAUGUCUCAGUUGAUCUUGUUUGCUUCAUCUUCAUUUUAUGGCAAGCUGUCGUGUUUGUUCAGCUGUCCCAAUGCAGUUUAGCCUUUGCCCCCACACACCUUAACAAAUUAAAACUUUUGCUCGGAUUUUUUAACCCUUGACAAUGCAAAAAAAAAUGCAGCAUUAGGAGUGGGCCAGGUGGUUCGAAUGGAGCAUGCUAUUUACAGCAUUCAGACCUCUUGAAAUGUCAUAAGUACACUGUAUACAAGGUUUUUUCUGUGUUUGCAAGCUGAUGUACUACAUCAAAGACAAAACGUAGGGUUACCAGACUUGGAGAAUGUUUGAAGCAACGCACAUUUUUCAGCCAAGAUUGUCGAGUGCCUUGUUCUGUGUCCGGGCAUUGUUGCUGUUUCAAGGCCUUUUGCUGCUCUUUGUACUGUUUACAAGUGCUGUCAAUAUGGAUGUGCCUUAGCUAUGUUUAUUUAUACUGGUAUUACACCAUUGAUAUAAUGAGCGGUAUCAUUUAAUGCAGGCUUUUUAUUGCACCUGUAACAAUACUGCUACUGUAUUGUUGCCUUGGGUGAAAUUAUUGCAGUGUUUUGGUGCUGUGCCUUCUGCUUUAUCAGCAGUUAAUAUCGCUUGCAGUAUUUGCCUUACAGCCUUGCUUGCUUUGUUGGAAUAUCAAUUUCACUUUAGGACCUGAAAAAUGUUACCAUGCAAUUUCUUUUAGCUCGUAUAUGAUGCAUGUAGGUGUUGUGUGAAGAGUGGUCACAAAGGUUAUAAUUAGGGGUGUGCGAAUAUGAAAUUUUUCGAAUACGAAUCGAAUACGAAUAUCCACCUUCGAAUAUCGAAUCGAAUAUCGAAUAUCAAAGGAAAAACGCCUCCACAGUAACAAUAUUUUAUUUAACAUGUAGCUAUUUGGAAAAAAAAAAGAACAUUACCAGCCUGACUGGUAACACAACAUGCACUGCUAUCUCCAGAACACAAUGUCUAGGCCAGCACAAUGCACAUCACAACACAAGCAAAUAUCACAGCACAAUGAAAGUAAUGAGUGACUAUAUGUUAUCAUGAAGAAAUAUGAGUUGCUCCACGUGAUCAGGCAGCAGGCGCUCCCUUGUACCAGAGACAACACCUCCCCCCUGCCACUGAAAAGGCACGCUCGCUUGGAACAGAAGUGGCUGGUAUAGGGAGUUACAUGGGGCAAAGCUUUGCCAGACUGGGGUAUCUGAAGGUGCCUACAGUCCGCCACCAGUCACGUGCGUCACUGUCUUUCUUCAGAAGUGGUCCCGCAUAGUGAACGAGUGGUAGUACGGCACGUUACGGCCGCAUAAUAUUGAAAAUGUACGGUUACAUGAUCGCCAACAGCGCUGCACGUCGGAGAUGCACCAGCAAUAAAUCAUACGUAUUGGGGCGCUCGUUGCAGGCAGAUAUCGUGCCUCCAUGUACUUACGAUGUUUAUCGCUCCUCUUGGCAACGUUUUUAGCGAUAUGAACGCAGCAGAAAUGUGGAAGACGAGUUAUUUUAUGCAUGAUAAUCGAAUCGCAUAUUUGAAUUUUUCGAUUAUUCGAAGUUAUCGAAUAUUCGAAACUUUUCGAAUACACCAUUUUCGAACUGAAUACGAAUAUUUCGAAUGCAAUAUUCGACGAAUAUUCAAAACUUUCGAAUAUUCGCACACCCCUAGUUAUAAUGCAGCCAUGAAUAAUCAUACUCGUCUCAUAUUUUUCAUUGCCGUGGCAGUGGACAUGUUUAGUAACGGGCUUGGUGCUGAGAAAAGGGGAUGUCAGGGCCGUACCCAGGAAUUUUUUUUGGGGGGUGUUUGUGUGUAUAACGGCUAACUUUGGCAACUAAUGGUCGCUGUGAAGGCACGAAAGUGUUUUAGUGCCACCCGAAAAGUUAAAGCAUGCAAAAAUUUCGGGGGGUGUCAGAACCCCCUCAACCCUCCCUUGGUUACGGCCCUGGGGGGCGUGGUGAAGAAAUGUCCGAGUGAAAUAUUUGCAUUCACGUGAAAUGAGGAACUGCGAAGCUAGGUUGGGACAGACUAAGUGCACCGAGAGAAUGAAUAGCUUUUACCUAGAUUGUUUCUGUCUGCUGUUGAAUUGUAUAUGCACUGUAUAAUUGUCAUGAUUAUUUUGUAGCAGUUAGCUUUCUGACUCAUAAAAUGAACUUAAGAACUUGGUUAUCAAUCCUUACCCAUUUAUGAUGCAUUUCCCUUCUUGUGCGAGAAAUAUAAGCCAUGUGUAUUCUGUAUUUCUUAUGUGUACGCAAUAUUAGUGCAUGAUUUCUUUCACGUUCUGCUGUGGAUUAGUGGCUAUAGGCUUUUUUCAGUUGCAUGCAUUGUGUCACUGUUUGCAUGUGUCAUUGCGAAUGUUGAGAUUGCACAAAGGUGAACAGAUGCUGGCAUCUUGGCAAACCCAGCUUCGUGGCUGAGUUCACCAUGCUUUGAAAAUGCUGCUGAAGUUUCACUCUUUCGUCUAGCAGCAGUGGUGGUGACCAGUUUCCAUAUUUGACUGCAUAACCAAGAAUCUGCUUGUUCAGGUGCUGAAUUUAGCCAUUUCGUAUCUUCUUCCACUUUCAGAUAAGAAGUGAAGAACGCAUCACGAUGAACGCAUGACACGUAUUACCUGUCAUGCUAAGAAUGCAUAAACAAAUGCCAACAACAUGUCAGCUGCUUUUGGCCUCGGUAGCAUGUCAGAUGCGUACCUUGUCUACUUUCAUGUUUGUCAUGCUGCUUUUGCAUUUGUUUCCUGCUGUAUUGAUAUUACGACAGGCAAAUCGACUCCCAGAAAUGGCAAACUGAAGUAGGAUAUAGAGGUUUCAAGUAAACGAGGAAGAAAGAUUGUCGAUAAAGGAAAUGAGCCUGAACGAAAUUUGGAGCUUAGCAUUGAAAUGUUCGUGUAGCAGACCAAGUGCAUUUCAAAGUAGGCAUGUUGGUGCAGGCCUGUCUACCGCACUCAGUUGCCUGUAUUCAGGUAAUGCUAUAGUUGGUACGCCAUGAUUAUGACCAUUGAUAUAUAGCGAGAAAGUUUUAUUGACUGAGAAAGUUUAUUGACUUGAGUUUGAAUGUGCCAAAAUGUCGCCGCCGAGCGCAGCAAUGAGAGAUUUUUCAUAUUUGAAGCCAGCAGACUAGUAGUAGUGCUUGUUUGGCUGUAGUCCAUUUCAUAUGUACCAGGCAAUGCCGCGGAAGCUAUGGGAGUACAGCGGUCAUAAGUGCUUUGCUGUGCAGUUUCUUUUAAGUCUGGGAUGCUUUCUAUGGAAUACAUGCUUCCUUCAUUGCAACUUCAACUCGUGGAUGCAAGUUUUUGCCAAUUGACACAUUCUUAAUACGUUCUAUGCUUCCAGUAUCUUAUGAACUGUGUUUUUCGUGGUGAGUUUGAGUAGUGUGCUAUGGCCACCAGUCGCACAAACAUGUCACUCCACACGCAUGCUGGUAAUUGGGCUCAUAUCUCGGGUGCCUUCUGGUAAAUAAAUGUCACAAAACUAUGAAUACCUAAGUCUUUCCUUCAUAGGUGGUACACUAUCUUUCAGUCAUGAAUGCUAGCACUUAUGAAAGUCUCUAGCCCUCAUAGCAUUGCCUGCUAUCUAUGAAAUAGAGGUUCUUUAUAAUAUAUAAAUAACUGAUGUAGUUAUAUAGUAAAGCUUAUGAUCACAUUACAGCAAUCCACCUUGAACUUCACUGCGCUGCUCAUGCUAUUUCUCCUACUGCGUGCCUGUAAACAUAUAGUUUUUGAGCAUAUUCUUCCAUUUUUGUGUACUUAUUCAUCACUUUGUUUGCUUGUAAGUUCCUUGCCAGACAGCCUGUGGUUCAUCUUGCACUAAAGAAAGAAAAAUCUAGUGCAUGUUGUAUCUUGCUUGUUUUUACUCUUCACGUUUUAUUGUUGUUACUGUAUUUCAUUAUAAACUGCCGCCCUUACUCUGCGUUUACUGUUCAGUUUGAUGUCAAUGUCCUGAAACAAAGGCUGUAUCAGGCAGUUCUCAUGUUUAGUUUUGUGUAGAACACAAAGAUGCUUUGUUUGUGCAAUCUGUCUAAUCAUUUCGCGUAUUACUGUCAGUGUUGCUCUACACGCAUAAAUGAUUGUUAAGCAAGUGCGUACAAGUUUCGAAGUUACUUGUUAGCCGUUUUCACUGAAAUGUGGUCUCUUUUUUUUUUUUUUUAACAAGAUGUUUGAGCACGCUUAGAGCUUAAAACCUAAUGAUUUUUGCUAGUCGCACAAGUUGAAUAAAACUUUUAAUCUAUUGA